AUGAAACGAGAACAUUCAUAUGGUGGAAUGAAUGAUGAUGAAGGCUCUUCUUUCGUGAACAAUCACAACAACAAUGAUCAUGCACGUGGAUAUGUGAAUGAAAUAACAACAACGAUGAUCAUGAUGGAAUCAUUUGGAGACCAAGAGGAAAUACCAUCCAAGAAAUUUAAAGAAUCUCUUUCUUCAACAACUUGUCCAAUGAUGAUUGCGGAUCCAACGAACGAACAAAAAGGCUUUUCAUCAUCUGUAAUCAUGACCACACAUUACUCUCAUCUUCUACUUCCCGAAAUUAUUUUCAAUAUUAUGAAAUUCCUUGAUGAAAGAUCACGAUGCUUGAAUUGUCGAUUAAUUUGUUCGCAAUUCGAAUCGGCUUAUGUUGAAUUAUCUAAAAUUGAAUUGUUGGAUUUGUGGAAUGAAUUGAAUACACUUUGUAUUGCUCCUCUCAAUGAAGAUCCUCCAUCACAAGAGGAAAUUGAACAAGUGGAAUUGCGUUUGAAUUUUAAACUGUCAUGGCAGUGGAGGACAUUCUUUUCAACAACAAAUGGUAGACCAAAUUGGAAUUCCAAACUUGUCCAUCCAAGCAAUGUCAUUUAUCCAAUUGAGGAAUGGGAUUAUGCAUCAAAUGUUUCUCUUGAUUUUGCUCAUCAUCAGACUUUUAUUGACCAUGAAGAUUUUGCUAACAAUGACACUUAUAUUUGCAUCGGUAGAUUAUAUCAUGAAAAGCUUUUAAUCAUGCAUAAAAACACUGGUAUGAUCUAUUUAACAAAAAGUCAGCAAUUAGAACAAUUAGGACUCCUUAAAAUGUGGAUGUCAGAUUUAAGAACAUCAAUUGAACCGAUCAGACUAUUCAUUAAGAUAUUUGGCAGUAGUGAAUUGAAUGUGAAACACGCACGUGAAUGUACUACUGUUGAACAAGCUCUACAAUUAAUUUCAAAGAAUCCAUUUUAUUACACUGUGUUAAACAAGAGUCUAAAAAGAAAUGUACAAAUUGCCAAAUCCUUAUUGCCUCAAAAUGCAUUAUUACUUGACAUAUCAUUCAAAAAGAAUAAGGAAUUUAUUUUACAACACUUGAACGAAUCAACAUUGUUGUUUGAACAUUCUGCUCCUGAAUUGAAACGAGAUAUUGAUUUGCAGAGAGCAUUUGUGUUCAUUGCUAAAACCUCCAAUGAUCAUAUAAGGUUAAAUAUCUAUAUGAAUGCAAUUUUGAAUCAACCUGAAACAUUAGUACAAGAAACAAAACAAUCAUUAGAAUUCGGUGAGUGA